AUGCAGACCAUAAAAUGUGUUGUUGUCGGCGAUGGUGCCGUCGGAAAGACUUGUCUCCUCAUCUCAUACACAACAAACAAGUUCCCCUCUGAAUACGUUCCCACCGUUUUUGACAACUAUGCCGUGACUGUCAUGAUUGGAGACGAGCCCUACACACUCGGACUGUUUGACACCGCCGGUCAGGAGGAUUACGACCGACUGCGACCUCUUUGUUACCCUCAGACCGAUGUUUUCCUCGUCUGCUUUUCCGUCACCUCUCCCGCCUCCUUUGAGAACGUCAAGGAGAAGUGGUUCCCUGAGGUCCACCACCACUGCCCCGGCGUGCCUUGCCUCAUUGUUGGUACCCAGGUUGAUCUGCGAAGUGACAGGAUGAUUCUUGACAAGCUUUCCCGACACAAGCUGCGACCCAUGACCACUGAGCAAGGCUACCAGCUCGCCCGAGAACUCGGUGCCGUCAAGUACGUCGAGUGUUCUGCCCUUACUCAGAAGGGUCUCAAGGACGUUUUCGACGAGGCCAUCGUGGCAGCUCUUGAGCCUCCAGUGGUCAAGAAGAACAAAAAGUGCAUUGUGCUCUAG